AUGGGGCUGUGGUCAUUUCUUGAGGGUGUCCUGCUUAUUGCUAACGCUUUGGCAAUAUUAAAUGAAGACCGUUUCCUUUCUCCCAGAGGAUGGAGCUUCGCUGACGCUAGAGGCGUGCAGGGAGCAAACACCUUCAAAGGACAGAUGAUUGGCCUCAUAUACGCAGCUCAAUACAUGAGAUUUCCAUUGAUCCUUCUUAAUGGAAUCACUAUACUUGUGAAGUUUGUUUCAUUCUGA